CGGCCCGACCACACUACACCGCUCUCGCCACCAUCUCGUGAGCGCGACGCCCGCCCCCGGCCCCGCGGACAUGAAGACCCCCGGCGAGGUGCUGCGCGAGGGCGAGCUGGAGAAGCGCAGCGACAGCCUGUUCCAGCUCUGGAAGAAGAAGCGCGGCGUGCUCACCCCCGACCGCCUGCGCCUGUUCCCCGCCGGCCCGGGCGCGCGCCCCAAGGAGCUGCGCUUCCACUCCAUCCUCAAGGUGGACUGCGUGGAGCGCACCGGCAAGUACGUCUACUUCACCAUCGUCACCACCGACCGCAAGGAGAUCGACUUCCGCUGCGCCGGCGAGAGCUGCUGGAACGCGGCCAUCACGCUCGCGCUCAUCGACUUCCAGAACCGCCGCGCCCUGCAGGACGUCCGCCUCCGCCAGGAGCGCGCCGCGGCCCCCGCGGCCCCCGCGGCCCCCGAGCCCCGCUCGGCCCGCGCGUCCUGAGCCCGCGCGGAGCCACACACUGGACGAGUCGGCCCGGGCCGCGCCGGCAGGACAUGGCUGAAGCCCACCCUCUGACCAGGACGAGGACUAAAGGCGGGGGCCGGCCGCGUCCCUGCCCCACCGAGGGGGACCUUCCCCGCGGAGUCGCCCGCCCCGCCCGCCGCGGGCGCGUUAAAUUAUUGGACUAUCUAUCUAUGUAUUUAUUUUGAUGGCUGUUUGUCGGUACCGCGUCUUAUGUCUUAAUAUUCUGUUUUUGCACCGGUGGCGUUCCCAAUAAACCACUGAUCCGUUCCAUUUUCUA